AUGAGCCUUCGCCAGGCAGCAGCACGCAUCGCGCUCCCGCAAAGGUCACUCCGAGCAGCGUCGACUGCCGCCCAGCCAGCCGCGAGCACGUCGAGCGCUCCUCCUCCGCCCCGGUCCUCAUCGCGCACCUCGCCUGCACCAGUCGCCUCGCAGCCCUCUCGCGGCCCCUCUCCUCCCUCGACCUCGUCCCCCUCCGCCUCCUCCUCCGCCCUCUCGACCCCGACCGGCACCGACCCGUCGCCCGUCUUUGGCCACCACGUGCCGCUCCCGCAGACGCACGGCGUCCACGUCGCGACCCUCCACCUGCGCUCCUACACCGACUCGGUGCCCGACCUCCAGUUCUUCACCCAGUUCGCCUUGCGCGCCGCCCGCGCGCUCGGCCUCCCGACCUCGGGCGCCGUCGCGCUCCCGACCCGCACGAGCCUGUACACGGUCCCGCGCUCGCCGUUCGCGCACAAGAAGUCGCAGCAGAACUUUUGGCGCAAGGAGCACAAGCGCUGCAUCAAGGUGUGGGACGGCAACGACGCCGUCGUCCAGGCGUGGCUCGCCUACCUGCGCAAGGAGGCGCUCGGCGGCGUCGGCAUGAAGGCGCAGGUGUUUACCUACCGCGAGGUCGGGUGGGGCAAGGACCUCGUCUCGGAGAAGGAGGCCGAGGCGCACGCGCUCGCGCAGCAGAACGCGGCCGCCGCGGGCGAGCUCGGCGCCGAGGGGGACGCGGCCCAGAUCGAGCGCGUUGCCAAGGAGCUCGAGGACGAGCUGCGCGCCGACAUCGACGACGCCGAGGCGGCGAGCGGCGAGGGCGAGGGCGAGGUCGAGGGUGCGAGCGCGGCAGGGGAGGAGCCGUCGCCGGUCGUCGAGGCGGCCAAGGAGCUCAAGGAGGCGCAGGAGCAGGGUGAGACGGACGUCACGGCCAAGGACGUGCCGGUCAAGGGCGAGUAGAGGAGCGUCGACCGGCCGAGGAGGGCGGCCCGCAGUGUAUCGCCGCAUUCUCCCCC